UCUGUGCCUCUCACUCUGGGCGAGCUUUAAAGCAGAAGUCCCCCCCCCCCCCGAAAACACAGAGACACUACUCCAGAGGAAGUUAAUGCUCAAGCCUGAAGGAAACUUGUAACCAAAGAGCAUCAAGGACAAAGAGCAACAAGUAACGGCUGAAUUAGUGCCACCUCUGAGGUUUUUCCAUCAAAUAAAAUCAGGGUCCAAGUUCUACAGAACAGUCUAGGACAUCAAAGGACUCCAGAAAUGACUCAGAGCAAUGGGGAGAACCCACAGAGGAGCCGGGGUGGUCUCCAGCAGCUCCGAGCCGGGAUCCAGUCCAGGUCUCUGCUAGCCAAGAAGAGAGUUCAGAGCAUCACCAAGGAUGACGUGAAAGGAUUCUUCAUCAGAAAUGCCUUUGUGAUCUUCACCGUUGCGGCUGUUGUCAUUGGCAUCAUCCUGGGAUUUGCCCUGCGGCCUUACAACAUGUCGUACCGUGAAGUGAAGUUCUUCUCUUUUCCUGGAGAGCUGCUGAUGAGGAUGCUGCAGAUGCUCGUGCUGCCCCUGCUUGUUUCCAGCCUCAUCACAGGUAUGGCCGCUCUGGACAGCCGGGCCUCUGGUAAAAUGGGCAUGAGGGCUGUGAUCUACUACACGACUACCACCGUCAUCGCUGUGUUCAUUGGGAUCGUCAUGGUGCUCAUCAUUCACCCUGGAAAAGGAUCGAAGGAUGAGUUCACCAAGCAGCAGAAGAUCGAGCAGGUCAGCCCUGCAGACGCCUUCCUCGACCUCAUCAGAAACAUGUUUCCUCCUAACCUUGUGGAGGCCUGCACCAAACAGUUCAAGACGCAGUAUGCCAAGAGAGUAGUCCAUGUUACUAUGACAGUGAAUGACACAAUAUUCGCUGUCAAUGGUAGCAAUGAGAUAACCCGGGAGGAGAUGAUCCCGGUGCCAGGGUCAGUGAAUGGAGUCAACGCUCUGGGCCUGGUGGUGUUCUCCAUGUGCUUCGGUCUGAUCAUCGGCAGCAUGAGGGAGCAGGGACAGCCCCUCAGAGACUUCUUCGACUGUCUAAACGAGGCCAUCAUGAGGCUGGUCGCCAUCAUCAUGUGGUAUGCCCCCAUCGGUAUCCUGUUCCUGAUUGCGGGUAAGAUUGUGGAGAUGGACGACAUUACAGCCAUGGGAGGACAGCUGGGAAUGUACACUGUGACCGUCAUCUGUGGCCUACUUAUCCACGCUAUCUUGGUCUUGCCAACGUUGUACUUCGUGAUCACCAGGAAGAACCCGUUUGUUUUCAUCGCUGGACUUCUUCAGGCUCUAGUUACUGCUCUAGGGACAUCAUCUAGUUCUGCCACAUUGCCCAUCACCUUUAAAUGCCUGGAGGAAAACAACAAGGUGGACAAACGCGUGACCCGAUUCGUGCUCCCUGUCGGCGCCACCAUAAACAUGGAUGGCACUGCUCUGUACGAGGCCCUGGCAGCCAUCUUUAUCGCUCAGGUCAAUGACUAUGACCUUAACUUUGGACAGAUUCUCACCAUCAGUAUCACAGCAACAGCAGCCAGUAUUGGAGCAGCUGGGAUCCCUCAGGCUGGACUGGUUACCAUGGUCAUUGUGCUCACGUCCGUAGGCCUACCUACUGAUGACAUCACCCUCAUCAUUGCUGUUGAUUGGUUCCUGGACCGACUGCGCACCACCACCAACGUCCUGGGAGACUCCAUCGGUGCUGGUAUAGUUGAACACCUUUCCCGCCACGAGCUGCAGAAGAAGGACCCCGAGGCUGGAAACUCAGUGGUGGAAGAGGCAGACAAGAAGCCGUACCAGCUCAUCUCCCAGGAGAACGAGUACGAGAAUGAGAGGCCCAUCGCUAGUGAGACAAAGAUGUAAAGCUGCUUUUAGGGAAACCAUUGAAACCAUUGAACUGCAAAUCCAAAAUUAAAUUGAUCUACAGCUAGAAAAUAUUUCAGCCAAGAUGAUGUGUGAGGUCUAGUGUGGAGCUUCCUUACACUGCAGACUUGAAAUGGUGUGGUAUUGAAUUGUUUUUUCUAACUGUUUGUGUAUUGAUACGUCCUGAAAGUACUAUUUGCAUCUGCCCAAUGCGUUCGGCAGCUGUUUACUAAUAAGAAUGAGUUAGAACUUGGUUUUCUGUGGCCUGCAGGUCAUGUCUAAUGCCACUCAGAGCUGUGAUAACCAGUCUCACCCACUAGAGGCCAGUAUUGCUGCUAGUUUUAACACAGUUGCAGAUUACAGCCCAUACUUGCAGAGGCUUUUCUGCCUUGAGAGAUGUUAUUUUGUUUGUUUGAGUGGUGUUGCAUGAGGAAUAUGUAAGUGAAACGGUUGCUAACAUCUGUGUGGAGAAUAAUGUGAAAUAUGUUUGCAUAAACACUGGGCUGACUGGGCCAAAUUCUUUGGGAGAAAAAGGGCGGUGAAUUUACAACUAAUGUACAGACAUCAGUGGCUUUAUUUUCUACGAUUUUAUGUACAGAUUUCAGCCGAAUCAAAAGUGUCACAUAGCUUUUUCCUCCUGACUGUCCAAAUAAGUGCUGCUAUCAGGCAUACAAAACUGACAUCUUAGCAGAAACCUUCCUUUUUUGUCCAAAUAGCCCCUUAAGUCAAUCAUUACAACCAUUUUAACUGACCAACCAAAAGCAUUCAGCCUUUCUAAGGCUUAACUGUCUAUUUGCUCAGCUGAGAAUAUGAAUUUACAUUAUCAGUGGUCGUAUUUCAACCAAAAAUACAGCACCAAAUAUGCUCUAAAAACUACAUUAAAUCUGUCUUAGAUCACAACAACCCAUUUCAAAUGAAUCAGUAGCCUGUACAGUUAAACUUCUGUUUCAACUUGAAAUCUACGGAAGCCCAAAGUGGACAUGUACAACUUUUUCAACUCUAUUUCCCACAAUUAACAAGUAAUUUCCAUGUUUUUUUCUUAAGAUCAUGGGAUUAAAAUGCUGUUGUUUCCCAUGAUAAUGAAUAAUUUUUAGUCUUUUUGCUCAAGAUUUUGUGAAAUCAGCUCAUUAUCAUGGGAAAAACUGUUUUUUCCUGAGAAAAGAUGAGCAGAGGUGGGUCCAGCAAUUAAAAAAUGUUUCUUCAUUGGUUGUCAUAUAAGCUCAGUUGGCAGAGUGUGUGCCCAGAGGUUAAAGUCAAGGCCAUCCAGAGGGGAAGAAAGGGAAACAAUCCUGGGGUCCAGAUGCAUAGAGCUGAGUUUGAUGUCAACAAAUUAGAACCUUAAGAUUACUUCUAAUCUGUAAAUAAUAGACAUUUUUAUUUACUCCAGUGGAGCUCUGAAAGCACAUAACUCCAUGGUGAAGAAGAAUUUCACAAAGCAAAAAGGCUGAUUAUUCAAUAAGAUCUCUGAAUCACAGGAAACUGUGUGCGCUUGCUUUAAAAAAUAAUGUUAAAAGAAACAGAUUUCAAUCCUAAUUUCAAUGGUUGAUUUUCAUACAAUCAUCCACAUUGAAAAUCAAUAAAAAUGGCAUAGAUUGGUUGAGAUCUUGAGAAAACAGUGGUAAAUUAUUUUUUAAUGCAGGAAAUGGUGUAAAAUAAAAUAUAGGAAUGCAUGACCACUUAGGGCUUCCAUAGAAACAUUAAUAAAUAAUUUUAGAAACAAUUCAGAAGGUUAUUUUUGUUAUUUUUACAUGAUCUCACUUACAUGUGCGUGGAACGAAAACCUCACAUGCCAGAGGAUUUUUUGAAUAAAUUAGUACAAUCUUAAUGAGAGAUAGAAUUUUUGAAUUUUGCUAGACUAUAGGUGAGUAUUGUCUUCAACUUAGAUGUUUUUAGAUAAUGAAUUUAACAAUAUUUGACUUGAUUUAAUAUGGCUCCAUGUUGUAAAGUUAAGUAUGCCCAUUCGGCUUCCCCAUUUUUAUUGUAGCUAGCUUGAAUUUGUAGCUGAUGUUUAGCAUUAAAGCUAAUACAUAUGUAUAACAAAUGUAACAUUUACAUGUAGAAGUUGCUUUGUAUAGAAGAUUCAUCUGAAUAUACUGUACUUGUAUAGAGAACUGUAGAUACACGUGUACCAUAAUUGUAGAUUUGAAAUGUAGAGGGUUACUUGAGGAUUGCGUAUGUAAAGAUGAUGUUAUAAAACCCUGAUGAUCGAACUAACAAUUCCUCUAGUUCCUUUUACAAAAUGCAAGACUGGCUGAUUUAAGGGACCAAAUGUUUUCUUUUAAGGAAACUGAAUAGUUCUUUGUUUACAGUUGCUGUCUUUGCUUUUUUUUUUUUUUUUUUUUUUUUCUUUGCAGGACUUCAUUGAUCUGAUUGUUUCAUAAAUUCCUGAAAGAGCACACACACAACUGGAAAUGUUUUGUAGUUUUAAUC